AGCAGGCGUGAGAAAACCUCUCUUCCUUGCCUCAUACUUAGUCGACGCCGUCCUGCAGAUCAAACAUGUCUCGUCGCACAGCAGUAAUCGAAGAAUUCGAUGAUGACACUGAACUCCCGCUCCCAUCGCGUCCACUUAAUACUGGGCCGCGUGGGCCCCUACUCGAAGAGAUAGGGCAUUCCGACGAAGAGGACAGCGAGUUUGAAUCAGACGAUACGUCCGCGCUAGGCCAAGCAUCACAAUCACAAUCUCCAUUUCAUGCCCCAACAUCGUCUGGUCAAUCGCAAGGUCAACCAUCCAAUACUGUCACUGACAUCACGCCUUAUAAGAAAUGGACAUGCAUCUACCCCAUCUAUAUCGACGCGAAACGGCCAUAUGGGACGGGUGAGCGCCGGAUAGCGCGCGAAAAGAGCGUUUGGUGGCCUUUGAGCAAGGAUAUCGCAGAUGCGACUAGCCGGCUUGGAUUAGGCACCUUGCAUGAAGUACAGAAAUCUCAUCCUAGAGACUGGGAAAACCCUGGCCGUGUGCGCGUGCAGUGGAAGAAAGAUGGGCGGCUGAUGAACCCCGCGAUCAAAACGAAAAAACAGCUGCUGGAGAUGAUAUCCUUUCAGAUCCAACGGAUAAAACAAGAUAAUAUUCCCCGUCCACCAUACGUAAUGACCCCGCCUCCAGUGUCUGUCGCUCAGCCAGCGAUCAAACCUCCUACGUCCGCGAAAGGCAAGCAGAAGUCCAAAGCGGGUUCUGGUGUUGCCGUGCAGCUUUCCAAGUCAAGUCAACAGCGCUUGCCUACACCUCCACAACCUCUGCCAGCUUUGGCAAGCCGAGUAUCUCCUUAUUCACCAGCUUUACCCACGGGAAUGCUCAUUGAGACCGUUAAAGCUGGUAUGAGUGCGCAGGAGCCAGGUGCAGGAGCUGCUCCGGGCCAACCAGGUGUCCAAAAAGGUAAACGAAAGGUUCUCAGAGUCAGGGGGUGAUUUAGGACUCGGUGUGGUGCAAUUGUUCUGUACGAAAUACUUGAAGACACUCGUAAAUUGUUGAACUCCGGUGGUGAAUUUCCAACGCACUGGAUCAUUUCAAAUGGGUGAAAUAUCAGAGGAGUUUGACUAUAGCCCUGCAGUCUGACGACACCAGCUACGUCCGUACUUCCCGCAGGAUUCAAUGUGGCUAUGGGAUGGAGGAGAGCGCCAAAAAUGUGCUUUAUGUUAUGCGGAGGAUGUCUUAUACCGAUAUUGCCUACAUUGCCUUCCGGCUCCCGGUCGGUGAGCAAGUAUGGUUAGGGUCGAGCGCUUCUUGUCAGUAAGACACUGCGUCUCGCUUAAUGCUUCCUGGGCGCUUGGAGCAAGUACUGCGGAACUAGACCUUGAUUGCCUUGAGGCAAC